GAGUAGUUUCUUUAUCUCGGAUUUGAUAAACGGAGACAUCCCUAACACUACAUAUGUAUAAGCCACGGCUAUACUUUCCCAUAGCUAACGCCAAGAUCCUUCCCCAACGACGUGCCCCCACAUAUGUAUUACAUACAUGGAGGUACGUACCCUGUACUUCACAACGCAAGUACCUAUCAUCAUAUGUAGCCUUCGAAAUUCCACAGCUUCAAGACCUAAGCCAACCUCUAACCCAACUCCCGACCACCAACUCCCCCAUCAAGCCACACCUAAACAAACACCACCAUAGAAAUCGUCAAAAACCAGCCAAAAAAAAAAAUGCAAAUAUCCCUCUCAACCGCCUUCCUCGGCGCCCUCUCCGCCCUCGCCGGCCCCUCCGCCGCCUCCUCCUCCUCCUCCUCCUCUAACAAACCACACCACCAACCCCAAACGACCAUCACCCUCUGGAUCCCCUCCUCGCAAACCCUCCCCAACCCGCACAUCCUCCCACCCACCACGCACGCGACCCUGUCCGCCCUGCGCCGCGCGUACGACGCCCCCCUCACCGCCGCCGGCUCCUUCGUCUUCCGGAACGUGACCCCCGGGUCGUACCUAGCCGACGUGCACAGCGCGACGCACGCCUUCGCGCCGCUGAGGAUCGACGUGCUGCCGCAUACGCCCGCGGACGACGGGGACGCGAGAGGGGGGGAAGGGGAAGGGGAAGAGGGAGAAGGGGGGUUGGUGGUGCGCGCUUGGGAGACGUACCGCGGCAACGACUGGGAUAAUAAGGGCCAGGAGGUGCCGCGGAGCGGUGGCGGGUUCGCGGUGAGGGCGCUGGGGCCGAAGGAGUAUUUCGUCGAGAGGGGGUCUUUCUCCAUCCUCAGCAUCCUCAAGAACCCCAUGAUCCUCAUGGGCCUCGUCAGCAUGGUCCUAUUCAUCGGCAUGCCGAAGCUAAUCGAGAACAUGGACCCCGAAAUGCGCGCCGAAUGGGAAGAGCAGCAGAAGAGCAGCCCGAUGAGCAGCCUAAUGGGCGGCGGCGCCCAGCCCGGCGCCAACCCCAUGGGCAACUUCGACAUGGCCGCGUACCUCGCCGGCCAGGGCACCAAGAAGGACGACGCCGAGCCGGCGCCGUCUAAAGGUGGGAAGAAGUAGAUCGUGUAAGAGACGUAGGUGCGAAGAGUCGAAGAGUGUAGUAUAAGCGUACUGAAAUAUCUAGACACUUAGGAAAAUAGUAUAAAUCAUGAACGAGGGUAUAGAGAAUAAUGACCCCUAUUACAAAGA